UCGCUUCAUCAAAGCAAACUUGCCAUAAGAAAAAACAUGGCUUCUUUUCCAUUGCCUACUACCGUUGGCCACCUUUCGAAGAACCCUAGCCCCCCUUCUGCUGCCUCAUUCUCCUCCUCUACCUCCACCACCACCACCUCCAACUCGCAGUUUUUCUUGAACCAGAAACGUAGCCAUGCAAAGAAAUUUCUUUCUUGCCGAGCCGCCAAGGACUCGGCUGACAAAGAAGCCCUCUCUGAUGGAAAAUUUGAUCGUAGAGAUAUCCUCGUGGGUCUAGGAGCUGGCCUCUACGGUACCACCGCGGUGAGCGGUGCAGCAUUCGCUGCACCGAUCGAUGUUACCAAAUGCGGGGAAGCAACUACACUUCCCACUGGCGUGACAAAGAUCGAUUGUUGCCCUCCACCGAAUCCAGACAUCAUUGACUUUACAUUUCCAUCAAAAACCCAGCCUUUACGAAUUAGGCCCCCCGCACACACGCUUGAUGCUAAAUAUGUGGCUAAGUUCAAAAAAGCCAUGCAACUCAUGAGGGAUCUUCCUAGCGACGAUCCUCACAGCUUUGCGCAACAGGCUGCCAUCCAUUGCGCCUACUGUGACUCUUCGUAUCAGAUGGUUGGCUUUCCCAACAAGAAAAUCGACGUGCAUUUCUCCUGGCUAUUCUUUCCCUUCCACAGAUGGUACUUGUACUUUUACGAGAAGAUUUUGGGCAAGCUGAUCGAUGAUCCUACUUUCGGCUUGCCCUUCUGGAACUGGGACUCCCCUGCUGGAGCCCCCAUCCCAUCCAUCUUCGCGGACACGAGUUCUCCACUCUACGACGUUCUGCGAGACGCCUCACACCAGCCCCCACUCAUGGCUGAUCUCAACUACAGCUCCUCAGUCGCAAGUCUCACGGGUGAUGAAUUGAUUAAAAGCAAUAACACUGUAAUGUACAAUCAGAUGGUUUCGUCUGCCAAGACUCCCGAGCUUUUCUUCGGGAAACCGUACCGAGCUGGUGACGAUCAGAUCAAAGGGCAGGGCGCGAUUGAGAACAUCCCUCACACGCAGAUCCACAUCUGGACCGGCGAUCCCAACCAGCCCAACGGAGAGGACAUGGGCCGGUUCUAUUCCGCGGGUCGGGACCCGAUCUUCUACUCUCAUCACGCCAAUGUGGACCGAAUGUGGAAUAUCUGGAAAACGCUUCCUGGAAAAAACCGCAAAGACUUUACGGACACUGAUUACCUGGACUCUGCUUUUCUCUUCUACGACGAGAACAAGCAGCUGGUUCGCGUCAAAGUACGUGACUGUCUCGAUACCAAAAAGCUCGGUUACGACUACAAAGAAGUCCCUCUUCCCUGGCUCAAAUCUCGCCCCGUCCGGAAGGCUAAAAAGGCUUCCAAAGGCGGAGCUGGAUCCGCCAAUGCUGCUGAAGCGCCAACGCCCAUAGAGGACGCCAGCACCGCUUUCCCCAAAGUCCUCGACAAAAUUAUCAAAGUAAAUGUCCCCAGGCCAAAGAAGUCGAGGACUCAAGAGGAGAAAGAAGACGAAGAAGAAAUCCUGGAGAUCGAUGGGAUUGAAUAUGAUGGAGAUGAAUACAUAAAAUUCGAUGUCUACAUCAACGACGAAGAUGAAGUGCAGAGUGGCCCUGCCAACGCUGAGUUCGCAGGAGCCUUCUCGAAUGUUCCAUUCAAAGUGAGCAAGAAGGUGAAGACCAACCUGAGCUUAGGAAUCACUGAGCUUCUCGAAGACUUGGGAGCUGAUGAUGACGAAGGCCUCGUGGUGGCCAUUGUUCCCAGAACUGGUACAGGGAAAGUCACCAUUGGCAGUGUCAAGAUUAAGAUCUCGUCUUAAAUUAAUAAUGCAGCUUAUAAGCUUGUAUGAGUUUAUCGUGUCUCGACUUGUUUGAUGUGUCGUUUUUUAUGUUCGUGUUUUUAAUUAUCGUUCGCCGGAUCAUGCAUGAUCUUCGGCUCCACCGUUGAUGAUCAAUAAAAUUCCCCAAUGUAAGCAUCAACUAAUAAAUCUGAGUUUCGUUUCUCUUUA